GAAGUCAACGUGAAUUAGAGUUUAAUUCAAAAGGCGUCUCUCGUCACCAAGGAUAAAUCCGUCUGAUGAAACGGCUCUGCAGUAUAUUUGCGAAUUUUACGUUUAAAAAUCUUAUUUACGCGUUAUGCAUGGUGCGGGAAACGACUUAAAAUAGUAAAAGGAGCCGGAGAAAUUCAUUCCAAUUCAUACGCUUCUAUCAAAUGAAAGUAGUUAAAUAUGAAAUAUGUCGCGUUAGCGCUGCAUCCAAGUGCCAGUUUGAUGUAAACUGAAGUCCCUAUACAGGCUGGCUGGCUCGCACGCUGCUCGCCCCCCCCCCACCAAAAACCGGCCGGGGGGACCGGACUCAGGCUGCACAAUGUCUGGCACUGUUCACUACCGAGCCCUGAAAGUUGGUAAAAGGUUUUCCACGACAGACACAUAAAACAGACGAAAGCUGGCCAAUCGGAGGAAAAUACUACAGAUGUAUAGAUAUUUUUAUUGACCUAAAGUUCAUCCUUUCGCGUCAAAUGUAUUUGAUUUAUUUUUAGUCUUUAUUUUUUUAAGAAUAUGGGCAGACCUUAAAAUCAAGAUGCUGUAUUACUUAUGCAAAAAUUCAUUUGACUUUUCCCCCAAAUUUCAAGGGCUGGCUGACAUUACAACUGGAAAUUAAACUUUUAAGUUGAUUUUUAAAAUAUUCCUCAAAGUUCGUCUACGUGCACUAUAAUCCUUUCAAACCGAGGCGCUGGCUUUUGAGUUUUAAAUCCAAUUAAGAAGAAGACAUUGAUUUCAAUAGGCUUGUAUGUAACAGGGCGGCGGGGGGUGCAUCGCAUCACUAUCGGCACCAGCCGCAUCCCGGGGGCUCCUCUGAGCGAAAACGCCCCUGUCACAGUGGCCGCUUAUCGGCCGGUUGAUCAUUGACAGGCGGCGUGACCUUAGUACCGGAGCGUGGAGUCUGGAUUCUGCCCCCAGCCUGAUAAACGGCACCGGAGCGGCUCUGCGCCUCUCUGCGGACACUCAGACGCGCGCGAGGAGACCCAGUUUUAUUCCCCAGUACCCCUCAGCCACAAGGCGCAUUAUGCUUAGAUCAGUGCUCAUUUUCCUCUGCACGAUUUCGCCCUGUUUUUCUGCCUCAGUUGAAGGUGGCGUCGUCGGGCCCAGGCUGAGCAAUGGGCAGCUGUACAAAUUCAGCUACUCCACUGAAGUGCUGUUGGACCGGGCCAAGGGGUCGUCUGAGAGCAGCGCUGGCUAUAGGGUUUCAUCCAGCGUUGACAUCAACUUGGUGUGGAGAAAUCCAAGCAGUAAAGAUGAUCAGCUACUCAAAGUGCUGAUUGGAGAUGUGAAGAUCGAGAACGUUGCACCACGUCCAGAAAAGAAAGACAUCCUCGCCGGUUCCACUACCCAAAGCAUUCUGGGAAAAGGCAAUUUGGAGACGCUGCAGAGACCGUUCCUGGUGCACUGGAAGCUUGGGAAGGUGAAGGGCCUGUACUCGUACCAGAAUGAACCUGCUGUCAUCAGAAACUUCAAGAGGGGUGUGGCCAGCCUUCUCCAGCUGCAGCUCACGUCCGGAAAAGUGGAGGAGGUGGACGUUUCGGGGAGGUGUACGGUGGAGUACAAGGCCGGGAAGGACCAGGUGACCCGGGUUAAGUUGCUGGACAGCUGUAAGACGGCUGAGACGGGAUUCACCACACUUAACCCGGUCUUGGGUGUUAGUGGCAAGUCCUCCUCCAUCACGGAGUUCACCCUGCAUGAAGGUUUCAUCAAGUCGGCCGUUUCCGAGGAGACGCACAUCAUCUCUGUCAAUGCACGUCGCACCAUUGCCACCAAAGUGGUCUCCCGGCAGUCACUGGUGCUGGUGAAAAAAGAGGCUGGACCUCAGGAAAGUGCCGGAAAACAGAUCACCACCGUCAUCAAGUCGCUGGACGCCAAUUUUGUCGCCAUUACCCCUUUACCCCCGAAGGGCAAGCAUCACUGCAAGGGUUGCCCAUCUCUCUGGGAGCACUGGCGGCGUGUUCACAAGGACCUGGAACCAGAAAGGCUGUCAAGAGCUACGGGACCUCGCACCUUCCUGGGGCUGAUUCAGACCCUGAGGAGAACCUCCAAGGAGGAGAUCCUUCGAGUGCUGAGAAACAGCACCAAGACGGCCCUGCCUCAGUUGGUGGAUUCCGUCACCUCCGCCCAGACUCCUGCCUCCAUGGAGGCCCUCCUGGAGUUCAUAGACUUCUCCAACUCGAAGCAGCUGGUCCUGCAGGAGCGGUUCCUCUAUGCUUGUGGCUUUGCCUCCCACCCCAACGAGGAUUUGCUGAAGUCUCUGCUGGGUUUGUGGAAAGGGAAGAUCGCCAGUACUGACAUCAGAGAGUCAGUGAUGAUCAUCUUGGGCGCUCUCGUCCGGAAGCUCUGUCAGAAAGGGGGCUGUGACCUGCCUACUGUAGUGGAAGUCAAGAACCUGAUCCUGGAGGGUCCUGACAGCACAAAGGUGGAGUCAGAAGUACAGAUGUACCUACUGGCCAUGAAAAAUGCACUGGUCCCAGAGGCCAUCCCAGUGCUUACCAAGUACGCCGAAUCUGAGGUCGGGGCCUGCAGCACUAUCGCCAUCACGGCCCUGCAGAGAUACAACUUCCAUCUCAUCACAGAGGAGGUGAAACGGACGCUGAACCGCAUCUACCACCAGAACCGGCGGGUCUUCGAGAAGAACGUGCGGGCGGCCGCCGCCGACGUCAUUUUCAGCAGUAGCCCCUCGUACAUGGAAGUGAAAAACCUGCUGCUAUCCAUCGGGCACCUGCCCCAGGAGAUGAACAAGUACAUGCUCUCCAAGGUGCAGGAUAUCCUGCGCUUUGAAAUGCCCGCCAGUAAGGUGAUCAAGAAAGUCCUGAAGGAUAUGAAUACACACAACUAUGACCGGUUCUCCAAGCUGGGCUCCUCCUCUGCUUUCUCCGGCUACAUGACAAAAGAGACGGACAUCACCACCAUCUACAACCUUGACCUCCUGUAUUCCGGGUCCGGGGUUCUCCGUAGAAGCAACAUGAACAUCUUCGCCCUCAGCGGGGGUUUCCAUCUGCAUGGUCUUCAGGUGGCCAUCGAGGCGCAGGGCCUGGAGUCCCUCAUUGCUGCCACGGCCGAUGAAGGUGAAGAGGAGCUGGAGUCGUUUGCCGGCAUGUCGGCUUUGCUCUUUGACGUGCAGCUACGUCCCGUCACCUUCUUCAAGGGCUACAGCGACCUUAUGUCCAAGAUGUUCUCCAUGUCUGGAGACCCCAUGAACGUAGUGAAAGGCCUCAUACUGCUGCUGGACCACUCCCAGGUCCUCCAAUUACAGUCUGGGCUGAAAGCCAGCAUAGAGUUCCAGGGGGGCUUGGCCAUUGACAUUUCGGGCGGCAUGGAGAUCAGCCUGUGGUACCGGGAGUCCAAAACCAGCGUCAACAACAGAGGUGCGCUGGUGAUGAAUGCAAACGUGACUGUGGACCUGGAGUUCGCACGCGCUGGAAUGGAGGUCAGCUUCGAGUCUGAGGCAUCGCUGGACUUCGUCACCACGGUCCAGUUCUCUGAGUAUCCCUUCCUGGUCUGCCUGCAGAUGGAUAAGGCCACCUUCCCCUUCAGAGAGACCCUAACAAAAUAUGAGGGCCUUCCGUCUGGGAAAAGCUUCACCUCCCGCAAAGGCAGGAAAGGCCUUGUUCCCGGCUCGGAAUUCCCGCUGCACCAGGAGAACUCCAACAUGUGCAAGAAGGUGUUUGAAGGGUAGGCCCUUCUCACCUCCAGAUCCCCCGCUCCGGGAUGUUCCAGGAGUGUGAGAGCUCUCGCGGGGGUCAGCGGGAUGAGCAGAGGAGUGGCGUAGACAAAGAACGUCACCCCGCUCCUCCCAACCGAGCUCCCGUUUUAUUUAUUAUUUAGGAAAAUGUUCCGAAACGAAUCUCUCAAGCCGACAGUGAGAUGUGGGAAUGCAUAGCCAAGGGAAGUCACACAUGCAAUGUUUACAUAUUUCUUUCGCGAAGUAAAAAUAUGCAUAUUAUCGGUAUUAAGAAACAUCGGUGCCUUUUCGGAUUAUUCUGUUAAUAUAUUAUUUGAAUUUGUUUUUAUAUGGGAAUUUACAAGUAUCCUUUGUUUUAAGUACACACUUUGUCGUAUGCUACUAUUUACGUAUUUAUACUUACGCAUACAUGUACGUUGAAAUGUUGUAUAUGAUGAAGUCUCUGGCUCCACCUGAUGUGUGACCAUUUACAGAAACACUCAGGAAGAUUUGUUCAAAAAAAAAAAAAACACUAAUUAAAGAUGUAAAUUUUGAACUUGAAACAAGGCCUCAAAUGCCAGAAAGAAGUAACUGAGGCAGUCUGGAUGUGGUGGACCAAGGACAGUGACUGGGUUGGGCUGGGGCACACUCAGGGGCGGGGCUACUAGCCACAGCUGAAAGCUGACUGGCCCCUGGGGUGCCCCCACCCCUGUCGCUCACUGAUUCAUAACAUUUUAUUGGCUAAUGAUGAAGUUCUCCUUUGCAUUAAAAAAAUCACUGAAUUGCCCCUGCGACAGGGGGAAUAUCCUCACCUUACUAUGAACCUGUGCGCGGAAAACUCAGUGAGUGUAGUUCUAGUCCUUCAUAUCAUUCCUUAAACCUGACCAUGGCAUGCAAACUGUCAUUAGCUUGCCUAUACAUUGGCUCAAGUAAUUGGGUUUGCCUGUCCGAAGGUGUAACUUACUGUAAUCACCUGGCAAGGACAAACUCUGGGUUUUAUACUCUUGACACGUUUAUUGUCCCUCCAUUUCUGCUAAGAUUGUGUGACCAAGGGAGAGCCGUAAUUGCUGUGAUUGUGCUCCUGAUACGAAGAAAUUUCCACGUGAAUCCAAUAAAUGAGCAGUCUGGCUGUGUUUUAUCUUCGCUCUGAUAA